CAUAAACUAGUGUCCCUGAAGCCCAAAGAGUGUCCAACGUUAAAACGCCACCGUAUAGACGCUAUUACAUCUCCAAUUCUCCACCAUUAAAAUCUCGUUAGAGGGAAAAACAAAAACCAGCAGUGAUGCCAACAAAAAGCUUCAAUUUUGAUGAUGAUCUCUAGGUAACACUAGGAUAGACAUUGAUGUUUUCUUGUUAAUUUUUAGAGAGAGAAACUGAGAGAUAGAGAGAUAGAGAGAAAGAGAGAGAGAAAGCUAGGGCUUUUUGAAAUGGCGGAGCAGAGGAACAGAUGGAACUGGGAGGUGACUGGAUUUGAGACAAGGAAGUCAUCGGCCCCGACCGUGGAGGCAGAGGAGGAACAUAGAGUGGUGGCUGCUGCUCCGCUUUUACGGAGGUACUCGAUCUCUAAUGCUUCGGUUUUGCCAAGGGAGAAUUUUGAGUUUUCUAAACAAGCUUUGGCUUCUAAAGUUCUUCGAUUGAAGGAUAAGAUUAAGCUUGCAAAAGAAGAUUACCUGGAAUUGAGGCAAGAAGCAAGUGAUCUGCAGGAAUACUCUAAUGCAAAACUUGAUCGAGUAACACGCUAUUUAGGUGUUCUUGCUGAGAAAACUCGCAAGCUAGAUCAAGUUGCCUUUGAAACUGAGGCUCGAAUAUCUCCAUUGAUCCAUGAGAAGAAAAGGCUGUUUAACGACUUGCUGACGGCCAAAGGAAAUAUAAAGGUUUUCUGUCGUGCAAGACCAUUAUUUGAAGAUGAAGGUCCUUCCAUCAUUGAAUUUCCCGAUGAGUGCACUGUCCGCAUCACUACUGGUGAUGAUACCAUUGCCAACCCCAAAAAGGAUUUUGAAUUUGACAAAGUGUAUGGACCCCAUGUUGGACAAGCUGAACUGUUUAGUAAUGUUCAACCAUUUGUGCAAUCAGCUUUGGAUGGAUACAAUGUUUCAAUAUUUGCUUAUGGACAAACUCGCUCUGGAAAGACACACACUAUGGAAGGAUCUAGCCAUGAUCGUGGUCUAUACGCACGAUGUUUUGAGGAAUUGUUUGAUUUAGCUAACUCCGAUUCAACUUCUACUUCUCGAUUCAAUUUCUUUGUCACAGUUUUCGAGCUUUAUAAUGAACAGAUAAGAGAUUUGCUAUCAGAAUCAGAGAGCGGUCUGCAGAAGAUUCACAUGGGAUUGGAAGAAUCUCUUAUCGAACUUGUGCAAGCAAAAGUAGAUAAUCCCUUAGAAUUUUCUAAAGUCUUGAAAGCUGCAUUUCAGGCUCGGGGAAGCAACAUAUCAAAGUUCAAUGUUUCUCAUUUGAUCAUUACAAUACAUGUGUAUUAUAACAACUUGAUCAGUGGAGAAAACUUGUACAGCAAACUUUCUCUUGUUGAUCUGGCUGGAAGCGAAGGCUUAAUUACAGAAGAUGAUAGUGGAGAGCGUGUGACAGACUUGCUGCAUGUGAUGAAAUCACUUUCAGCGUUGGGGGAUGUUUUAUCUUCUUUGACUUCAAGGAAGGAUGUUGUUCCUUAUGAAAAUUCAAUGCUCACAAAACUACUUGCAGACUCCCUAGGUGGAAGCUCAAAAACUUUGAUGAUACUCAAUGUUUUUCCAAAUGCAGCACAUUUGUCCGAGACAUUAUCAUCCCUCAAUUUCUGCUCCAGGGCUCGAAACGCUAUAUUAAGCCUUGGAAAUCGUGAUACAAUUAAGAAAUGGAGAGAUGUGGCAAAUGAUGCAAGGAAAGAGUUAUAUGAAAAGGAAAAGGAAAUCCAGGAUCUGAAACAAGAGGUUUUGGGACUAAAGCAAGCGCUUAAAGAUGCUAAUGAUCAGUGUGUCCUACUCUACAAUGAAGUUCAGAAGGCAUGGAAAGUCUCAUUCACAUUGCAAUCAGACUUAAAGUCUGAGAAUAUCAUGCUUGCAGACAAGCAUAAGAAUGAAAAGGAACAAAAUACUCAGCUUAGAAAUCAAGUGGCUCAGUUGUUACAAAUGGAACAGGAGCAGAAAAUACAGAUGCAGCAACGAGAUUCCACAAUUCAGACAUUGCAGGCCAAAAUCAAAAGCAUGGAGUCACAGCUCAAUGAAGCGCUUCGUUCCAAUGAAGGUAGGUCAGCACUUGAUUCAGAAUUAGGGCCUGGAGUUUCUUCGAUUUCCAAGGCAACUGGGGAUGGCAUGGAUUCUUCAGCAGUAACCAAAAAGCUUGAAGAAGAACUUAAAAAACGUGAUGCACUGAUUGAGAGACUGCAUGAGGAAAACGAAAAAUUGUUUGAUAGAUUAACAGAGAAAGCAUCACUAGUUGGAUCUCCCCAGGUGGCAAGUCCAUCACCCAGAGGAACAGUUAAUGUUCAGACACGGGACAUGGCAAGGAAUGAUAGCAACAAUAAAGGACGUUCUAUGGAUGUUUCUUCACCACUGGUAGCAGAUAAGACAGAUGGCACAGUUGCUCUGGUUAAGUCGGGUUCUGAGAGUGUUAAAUCUACACCAGCAGGAGAGUAUCUUACAGCUGCCCUUAAUGACUUUGAUCCUGACCAAUAUGACAGCCUUGCUGCAAUUUCAGAUGGAGCAAACAAGCUUUUGAUGCUGGUGCUUGCAGCAGUCAUUAAAGCAGGUGCUUCUAGAGAGCAUGAAAUACUUGCUGAAAUUAGAGACGCUGUGUUCUCUUUUAUCCGUAAAAUGGAGCCUAAAAGAGUGAUGGAUACCAUGCUUGUUUCUCGGGUUAGAAUUCUGUAUAUAAGAUCUUUACUUGCUAGGUCCCCAGAACUGCAGUCUAUAAAGGUUUCUCCUGUUGAGUGCUUUUUAGAGAAGGCUAAUACUGGACGAAGUAGAAGUUCCAGCCGAAGUAGCAGUCCUGGAAGAUCUCCCGUGCGUUAUGCAGAUGACCAGAUCCAGGGAUUCAGGGUGAAUAUAAAGCCAGAAAAGAAGUCUAAGUUGUCGUCAGUUGUUUUAAGGAUGCGAGGAAUUGAUCAGGAUACUUGGAGGCAACAGGUUACUGGUGGAAAAUUAAGAGAAAUACAAGAGGAAGCAAAAAGUUUUGCUAUAGGGAACAAGGGUCUUGCUGCUCUCUUUGUUCACACUCCAGCUGGUGAGCUGCAACGACAAAUUAGGUCCUGGCUUGCAGAACAUUUUGAGUUUCUUUCUGUUACAGGGGAUGAUGCCUCAGGGGGGAACACUGGCCAGUUAGAACUCCUUUCAACUGCAAUUAUGGAUGGCUGGAUGGCUGGACUGGGUGCUGCACUGCCCCCCAGUACUGACGCACUUGGGCAACUUCUGUCUGAGUAUGCAAAGCGGGUCUAUACUUCCCAAUUGCAACACUUAAAGGAUAUUGCUGGCACCUUAGCAACUGAGGAUGCAGAAGAUGCUACACAAGUAGGAAAACUGCGUUCAGCUCUUGAAUCUGUUGAUCACAAGAGAAGAAAGACUUUGCAACAAAUGAGAAACGAUGUAGCCUUAUUAACAUUGGAUGAUGGCAGUUCACCUGUUCAUAAUCCUUCAACUGCUGCUGAGGAUGCACGAUUAGCAUCUCUAAUUUCACUUGAUGGCAUAUUGAAGCAAGUCAAGGAUAUAUUGCGACAAUCCUCUGUAAACACCUUGAGUAAAACUAAGAAGAAAGCGUUGCUUAGUUCUCUUGAUGAACUCGGGGAACGGAUGCCUUCCCUUCUGGAAAUUGAUCAUCCAUGUGCUCAGCGCCAAAUUGCGGAUGCUCGUCAUGCUGUUGAGUCAACUCCUGAAGAAGAUGACCGACUAAAUGAGUUGGCAGAUGCGAGGAAAUCAUCUACAGAUUUGGUGUCUGGUACUGAAACUGAUGUGGCACAGUGGAAUGUAUUACAAUUCAACACGGGGUCUACAACACCGUUUAUCAUAAAAUGUGGAGCAAACUCGAACUCUGAAUUGGUGAUCAAAGCAGAUGCCCGGGUUCAGGAACCUAAAGGAGGUGAGAUCAUAAGGGUGGUUCCAAGGCCAUCAGUAUUGGAAAAUAUGAGUUUGGAGGAAAUGAAGCAAGUAUUCUCCCAACUACCUGAGGCAUUAAGCUUGCUGGCUUUGGCAAGGACUGCAGAUGGCACGAGAGCUCGGUAUUCUAGACUGUACAGAACAUUAGCCAUGAAAGUUCCGUCAUUGAGGGACCUAGUUGGUGAACUUGAGAAGGGGGGAGUGCUGAAAGAUGUAAGAUCAUGAACACAUGAAAACAAGGUAUAUUGAUGAGAAAUUAAUAUAUGCCCCUCUUGUAUUGCAAUGUGGUGAUAAAUUAUUUUUAUUUUGGUGGGAAGAGGACUUGGGGCUUGGAGGAGUUAGGUGUUAUGUGUUGAAAGAAAUUGGUGUUGUAGUUUAUUCUGGGCGAAGAAAGUCGUUGUAUUUGAAACCUGUAUUAGAUUUACAGUGUAAUGUAUCACACGUAUGGUCGGAUAUUAUUGUUUAUAUAGUUAACAAUUUUGUGUAAAAUUCAUUCCUUCUUUUGUCA